AACUAAGGUACGAGGACGGUAAUGACAUUCACUUUGGAGCAAAGAUAUUGAACUGACAGCUCAAAUACAUGGCCAUUGAUAUAUCCGCACUAGUGAUCUUUGGUCUUCAGCCGCACGGAAAGGGACUUUGAAGAGACAUCGUUUGGAAACGCACAAAGGGAUCUCAAAAAGUUUUUUCUUUCUUUUUGAGAACUUUGAACUGGAUUGAUUCAAAUCUGUGGGCACAACACCCUUCCGAGGUGCCAGUGAAAAGGUUCUCGCAGAUUCCCUGCAGAGGAUUUUAGAAUUUGUAUUUUUUCAGCGAGUUUCCGUUCGCGUAUUCGCAUGAAUCUACUCGAUCCGUACCUGAAAAUGACAGACGAACAGGAGAAGUGUCUCUCUGACGCCCCGAGUCCGAGUAUGUCCGUGGACUCCGCAGGCUCCCCGUGCCCAUCAGGAUCGAGUUCUGACACCGAAAACACUAGACCAUCCGAGAACCAUAUUCUGGGGCCGGAUGGGGUUCUUAGAGACUUUCCGAAAGAGGAGGAAGAAAAGUUCCCUGUCUGCAUCCGGGAUGCCGUCUCGCAGGUGUUGAAAGGUUACGACUGGACACUGGUGCCCAUGCCAGUUCGAGUGAAUGGCUCCAGCAAGUCCAAGCCUCAUGUUAAGAGACCCAUGAACGCGUUUAUGGUUUGGGCGCAAGCAGCGCGCAGGAAGCUAGCUGACCAGUAUCCACACCUCCACAACGCCGAAUUGAGCAAGACGCUGGGCAAACUUUGGAGGCUUCUCAACGAAGUAGAGAAACGCCCUUUUGUGGAGGAAGCUGAACGACUGAGGGUCCAACACAAGAAAGAUCACCCCGACUACAAGUACCAGCCGCGUCGACGGAAGUCUGUGAAGAAUGGACAGAGCGAGUCGGAGGACGGCGAACAGACGCACAUAUCUCCCAAUGCCAUCUUCAAAGCGCUACAAGCCGACUCUCCCGCCUCCAGCAUAGGCGAAGUGCAUUCUCCCAGCGAUCAUUCGGGCCAGUCUCAGGGCCCCCCCACCCCUCCCACCACCCCUAAGACAGACCAGCCCUCCUCUAAAGGUGAGCUCAAGCGAGAGAGCCGGCCCAUGAACGAGCCGAAUGUCCGUCAGCUCAACAUCUUCCGGGACGUGGACAUUGGCGAGCUCAGCAGUGACAUCAUCCCCAACCUCGAUUUUGACGUCGACGAGUUCAACCAGUACCUGCCGUCCCACAGCCAGCCGGGCAUGCAGGUGGCCAGCGACGGCUCCCAGAGCUACGGCUACGGUCCGUCAGGUGCCCAGGUGGUGUCGGGCAGCGGCGGCGGCGGCGGCGCCAGUGGUCAGAGCUGGCUGGCCAAGCAGCAGGCCGCGCAGCAGGGCCAGACGGGCCACUCCCUCACCACGCUGUCCAGCGCGUCCGAGCAGCGCCCGGCCCAGAUCAAGACGGAGCAGAUGAGUCCCGGUCACUACAGUGAGCAGCAGGGCUCCCCUCCUCAGGCUGUGGCCUACGGCUCCUUCAGCCUGCAGCACUACAGCGCCGCGGCCGCCGCGGCCGGCUACCAGGCCAUCUCUCGCGCCCAGUACGACUACUCCGACCACCAGGGCGGCGCCAGCUCCUACUACAGCCACUCGGCCGGCGCCGGGGGCCAGGGCUCCGGUCUCUACUCCGGCUUCAGCUACAUGAACCCCAGCCAACGACCGCUCUACACCCCCAUCGCCGACCCCAGCGGCGUGCCCUCCGUGCCCCAAACGCACAGCCCGCAACAAUGGGAACAGCAGCCUGUCUACACCCAGCUCUCCCGGCCCUGAGAGACAGACACAGAGGGAGAGAAAGAGAGAGAAAGAGAUAGGUAGAGAGAGAAUGAGAGAGCUCACCGCACAAAGCUGAACCUCAGCACUCACCUCAGCAAGAGACACUCUCACAGACAAGCCGAAAACAAAAUAAAAAACAGACAAUUGAGAGAAAGCAAACAAGAAUAAUGUGUUCUGAAAAUUAAGUAUAGAACACAACAAAAUGGCUCCCAAUUGUGCCUUCUUUAAUGAGCGGAGUUGUUGUUAUAUUUUUCUAGAUAUAAUGAAAAGAAACUCAUCUGACUUUGUUAUUUUUAAAAAGAGAAAUCCUCUGUGAGGAAAUAUUUCAUGAUAAAUAUUUAGUAUGUACUGUGUAUGUGUCAUGAUCUUAUAUAUUUUGUUUCAGCAGUUUGUUGUUUUUCUACGUUAACACAGAGGAAAAGCAGCCUUAGGUGGACUCUUUGGCCUUUCUUGUCACUUAGGUAAAGACUGGAGGAAACAAAGACUCCACCUGUCAACUCCAGCUGUAGUUUGGGACUUAUAGUGGGCCAGCAGGUCAUCAGUCUAUACAACUGUAUGUUCUGGAAUUGGGUUGUACAAUCUUGAAGCAUUCCUUGCAUCUUACAAUGUCAUUUAAAAAGUGUGCUUAGACGAGGAACUCAGUGUUUAUUAUUUAAAUGUAAUUUCCCAAUAUUUGGUUUUUGGGUCCUUAUGGAGGUAUAUUCUUAUGCCAGCAAACACACAUGUGCUUUGUCUCUGUGUAUAUAUUUGAUUAAGUCUUGUAAGAUGGCUCUACUUGUAGUGCCAGUGCAGCAGCAUAGCAGUCACACCAGCCUAAUCAGCGUACCAUUGUGCCGUGUAGUUUUGCCCAUGCUCCACUUUUCUCUGCAUUUUUGGAGAGAGAGGAGAGCAUUGCCUUGAUGCCACGUGUGCCUGCUCAGCCGACAUGCGCGCACACACACACACACACACACACCUAUACACAUGUGCAUACAAUCCAGAGCCAAGUGUGUGCACAUCCCAGACCCGCCUCUCACUUCCUGUCUUAAGGAGCCACAGGAAGUGACCCUUGACCCCUCUGUUAGGCUCAGUGGAGUUCCUUACUUCCUUACUGCCAGUCUUAACAUCUUUAAUUUAUUCAUUAGUAUUAAUUUUAUUUGAAAAAAAAACUAUUUUGCCUUCCUAUCUUUUAAUUCUUCUCCGUAUAACUAACCAAGAUGUAAAACAAGUUUUUUUUCUGUUAAGUUGUGGUACGAACUUUGAAAAACAUCUCCAUUAUUUAUCAUUUGUAAAUGAUUCCAUUUAAAUAUUUUCUAAUUAAUUAUCUAGCUGUGUACAGAUUACUUCUAAUUGUUAUAAGAACUUGAUCAAAAGAAAGACAGAAAACUGGAAGUUGUUAUUUUCAUUAUAAGCAGAGUUAAAGGCUGUUGGAAACAGUGGCAAAGUUGAACAUUUGAAACGGUUAUAUUCUUUGUAAUAUCACCUGAAUGCUUUUAUUCGUAUAUUUUUUCAAAGAGUGUUGUUCCUUUCCUUAUUCCAUAUUCUAGAUUUCAUGUUGACAUCUUUUAACCCAGCUGAGUCUUUGUUUCCUAGGUACGAACAUACCAGUGUCUUAAAGAAGCUUAUCUUUUGUAUUAUAUUGUUUGCAAUAAAAAGAAAAGAUAUAAAAAAUAA